UAUCACUAACUUUGUAGUUUCUCCAUAGAACAGCAAAGUUACGCGCUGUGCGGUUUAGAGGUGUGUCUUUACAAAGGAGAUGAUUUUUUUAUGUAUUUAAAACAAAAAGACGCGAUGGUAGAAGCUGCUGUGUCCUGUCACUGAAGCUGAAUAGUUGUGCAGUUUUGUAUUGACUGAAAAGGACAAAAGGCCCGGAUGGAGAUGAUCUUUCACUUUGGCAAAAACAUCAGUAACAUCUAAAUGUGCGGAUGCCAUGUCCAGUCAGGCCAUCAGCCCUGUGCCCUGGACUGUGCUGGGGCUGCUGGUCACUCUGGGUCAGUGUCUGGGUCAAACUCAGUGGUCAGGCUGUGACAAUGGAAAAGUUUUACUGGACACAGACCUCCCCAAAGACACAGCGCACUGGACUUGUCCUACUCCACUGUGGACACAGGCACAGGGACUUUACGGUGUGGACACAGUGUAUGAUCCAGAGCCUGCCACAUGGACCUGCAUGGACCAGAGGAUUAUUUACAACCUCCCCAUCCCCAACAGUGGAGCGUUCAGACCAGUGAGUGCAGAGAGCGGAGAGUAUCUGUACUGUCCUCCUCAGAGAUGGAUCAACAACCUGCACCGUGGAGCCACAGUGUUGUUGUACCAUCCCUGCUCUUCUCUCCACGAGCGUCGGCUUCUGUCUGCUCUGGCUCGGUCCUGUAUCGAUGAUUAUAUCCUCACACCGCACAAGAACCUGGACAAAAACAGACCCUUUGCGUUGGCGUCCUGGGGUCGGACGUUGGAGGUGUCCACUCUGGUGUCUUCACAAAUAUGUGACUGGCUCAAUGGCACGAGCUCAAACAAACCUGAGGCUGCAGAGCGGAGACGUGAGAAACACUACAACCUUCUGUUGACCAGAUCAGAGGAUCAGGACCAGCUCCGAGGGAAGAAGGGGUCUCUGAUGCAGUGCUGUGAACAAACCAUCUCAUCCCAACUGGAAGAAAUGAACAAGACACAACUACAUUUAAACAUGAAAACUGAACUUAUCGAUCUGAGCAGAGACAGAGUGAAAAGAGCAGCUGUGCGGACGACCACGGAUUUUCCAAAAGUUACAAACGACCAGACGAGCGGCGUUAUCCACCAGCUUCAAAGCGUCGCAUCACCAAAUGGGGAUGAAAGCGGCACAAAGGACGCUCUGUCCCCGUCCACAAGCCUCAAAGAAAAUCACAUCCACAAAAAGUUUAGGUCAAAUACAUCAAGGAUCAGUAAUGUUUCUGUGAUACAAACACAAGCACAAAUACACUCUGUGGAUUCAAACGACAAGACUGACUUUAAUCACAAAAACAAAGGUACGGAUAAAGCUGCUGCAAAGUCAAAACUCAACGAAGUAAUAGAUUUAAAAGAAAGAGAAAUAGAAAAGAUGAACAAUGAUGUAAAAUCUCCACAAAGUGAAUCAAAAGGCGUUGAUUCUGCGUCACAAACUCAGGCAGACGCGCCCAAAAGUGAAGACUGUCAGUGUAAAACAAACCCAGAGUGUGAGUGUGACCCGGGACACAGAGGUCAGAGCGCAGGGCUGAACUUUCAGAGGACGCCCCGCACAGAGGAGGGCGUGUGGGCCGCGGGGGCGCUGGGCUUCCUCCUGGUCCUCCUGACCCUGUCCAUCCUCCACACACGACUCUACAGACAGUGCAGAAGAGGGACGAGUCUGUACUGGCACGACCCUCAGCAGGACUACGACAGCGUGGCAGAUGUGAUCCACCACAGGCUGCGACUCUCCAAAAGGAGGCGCAAAAGAGGCAGAAAAAAGGAGUGUGUUUUACUGCCGAGCUCGUCCAGUUCAGAGGAAUAUCCAUAAAACUGCAGUUUGGAACAACAGGACAUUUUUUAUUGUUUUUCCACUUUCACUCCUCAGUGUUUUACAUAUUUUACCUCUCACUGUUAAGAUUAUUCCUGUGUUCUGUACUGGGACAGUGUUUUUAUAGAUGGUACAAUAAGAAGCUGCAUAAUGAAGUUUUUAAAUGUUUUAUGAUGUAGUUGUGUGAAAAAUACAGUUUGUUGCUGUUAUAAGCGACAAACUGUAGAAGUCAGUGCCAGUUAAAGGUACAGAAGUAGAAGUUUUUAGAUUUUUGUGUAAAAAUAAGAACAUUGAAGUAAGCGAUCGGGGUUUGGGGAAUGUUUCUGUUAUAAAUAAGAACACUGUGUAAGUCAAGUAUUUUUUUAUCCAAGAACAUAAUUUAACUUUACCCAGUGCUCUGAUCAUUUGAGACGUGUUGUGUGUUUCACUUAGACGUCGGCCGAUACAUUGGGCUGAUAUUUGCUCUUUUUAGUGGAUUUCGACUUAAAAUUUUCAGCACAGGGCGAUAUUUGGUUGAGCUUAAAGAACAUGCAGAAUAUUUGAACACUUUAGUGCAAAGACACAACUGAAAACAUGACUCCAGCUCCUGUAGAUUUGUGCUAAAGUUCUGUGGGUGAGUUUGAGGUCAAUUUAAAUCACAUAAUUUGGAAAAAAACCAACCAAAAUCUGCCCAAAAAUAUCAGCUGUUGCUUUUUAAACCAUCAGCCAUGAUAAAAAACAAACACUUCAAUCGAUCUCUAAUCUCACUGCAUAAAAAUGUAAAUGUAUUGAAGGACAAACGAGCUGACCUCAUCUAACUGUGGGAAUUAUGUCGAUGCCUGUGAUUGGCUGUAGGAGCCGUGUGCAUCUGUAUCAUCCAAUAAAAACCUGAAGAAUGAGUCUGCAUGAGUUUAAUUUGAGACACAGUGAGAACAAACUCCACAGAAACAGCACAAAUCAAACUCCAGACUGAACUCUGUAUGUGGCAUGUAAAAGUGUCUACUGUCCCUAGUCCUUGUCAAUUUUAGUGCAAAUUUGCAGCUUUGUGGUCAAAAAUGUGUAAAAAUGAAUUUCUCCCGGGUCCAGUGGCCGCUCCCUGAUCCUGGUGUUUCUGAUACAAACACCUGCAGGGGCGGAGUUUAAAGUGUGGACACCUGUCAGUCUGAUCACGCUGCUCCUUACACGUCGCCUUCUCUUUUCUUUAGUUUUCCAGGUACUGCCCACUUCUUCUAUUUGAAACGUUUCGUGCGACGUUUCGGUGUUUACUCCCACUUGACCUGAACGUCCUGCGAAGAACGACAAACUCAAAAGGACAAUUAAUUAUUGUUUUAUUAUUUUAUUACAAAUGUACAGCUUAUGAGUUUACAUUACGAUUUGACCUUGUAAGUCAGUCAUUGUUUUCUCUACUUUUAUACAUUAUCUUCUGUUAAAAGAUCUCUCCCAAAGUGUUGAAACAUGCCAGUAAAACAGGCCACAAUGCACCGCCAGUGGCUCCGCUUCGACCGGC